AUGGUCGUUGGUGAUGGUUCCGGCGCGCAACGUGCUGGUAAUUCCGCCGUUGAUGCAUCUAUGUCUUUGUCUUCCACAGACAAUCCAGGAGCUAUGAUUACUUCUGUUUUAUUGACUGGAGAAAACUACAAUGAAUGGGCUUCGGAGAUGCUAAAUGCUCUUCAAGCUAAGAAGAAAACUGGGUAUAUUGAUGGCUCAAAGGUCAAACCCACAGGUCCUGGUAACAAUCAUGAAUCAUGGAUUGCUGUGAACUUCAUGGUCGUGGGAUGGCUCUGA